CUCGCCCGGCUUCCGGGCGGUGCCGGCGCGAUGGGUCUGAGGGUCAGCGUCGCUGAGUAGCGACGGCGGAGGGGCGUGCGGGCCCAGCGGUGCGGCCCGAGGGCUGCAGGCCCCGGGGUCUUUGGGAGCCGCCGGGGCGCGCGGAGAGAACCUAGGAUCGCUGCCCGCCGCCACCACCAGGCAUGUCGGCCGAGGCCUCGGGCCCGGCGGCCGCCGAGGCCCCGUCCCUGGAAGUCCCUAAGCCCUCGGGUCCCGAGCCUGGCUCCGCCGCCUACGGCCUCAAGCCACUGAGCACGAACAGCAAGUACGUGAAGCUGAACGUGGGCGGCUCGCUGCACUACACCACGCUGCGCACCCUCACGGGACAGGACACCAUGCUCAAGGCCAUGUUCAGCGGCCGCGCGGAGGUGCUCACUGACGCCGGAGGUUGGGUGCUGAUUGACCGGAGCGGCCGUCACUUUGGUACAAUCCUCAACUACCUGCGGGACGGGUCCGUGCCACUGCCUGAGAGUACCAGAGAACUGGGGGAGCUUCUGGGCGAAGCACGCUACUACCUGGUACAGGGAUUGAUUGAGGACUGCCAGUUGGCACUGCAGCAAAAAAGGGAGAACCUGUCCCCGCUGUGCCUCAUCCCCACGGUGACAUCUCCCCGGGAGGAGCAGCAGCUCCUGGCCAGCACCUCCAAGCCCGUGGUGAAGCUCCUGCACAACCGCAGUAACAACAAGUACUCCUACACCAGCACUUCAGACGACAACCUACUUAAGAACAUCGAGCUGUUUGACAAACUGGCCCUGCGCUUCCAUGGGCGGCUGCUUUUCCUCAAGGAUGUUCUGGGGGACGAGAUCUGCUGCUGGUCUUUCUACGGGCAGGGCCGCAAAAUCGCCGAGGUGUGCUGCACCUCCAUUGUCUAUGCCACGGAGAAGAAGCAGACCAAGGUGGAAUUCCCAGAGGCCCGGAUCUUUGAGGAGACCCUGAACAUCCUGAUCUACGAGACUCCCCGAGGCCCAGACCCAGCCCUCCUGGAGGCCACAGGGGGUGCAGCUGGAGGCGGCGGGGCAGGCCGAGGGGAGGACGAGGAAAACCGAGAGCACCGUGUCCGCAGGAUCCACGUCCGGCGCCACAUCACCCAUGAUGAGCGUCCUCACGGCCAACAGAUUGUCUUCAAGGACUGAGCUUUGCCCUGAGUUUUCCUCCCCUUCCCAGACCUUUGCCCCGGCUUUGCUGGCCAAGUCGUGGGUCUUCCUUCCAUCCCUUCAUUGCAUGGUACAGUUCACUUUGGCCCUUCCCCAUCCAUUCCCACCUCAUUGCUAACCACAUGGUACAUUCCAGCCCUUCCCCUCAGCGGCCUUUAGAAGGCCUACGUUCGUUCCCUCAUCCCUAUCCUUGUCCUGCCCUCUUCCCUCACCAGCUGGUUUAGAAGGAUUUAGAAUUCCCUUUCUCUUUUUUUAGUACGUUGUACACGCCAAAGUGUCAAGCCAGCCCUUAAUAACACCCACCACGUUCUGAGCCGCCUCCUCACCGCUGUGCAGGGUAGUUUGCCUCCCUCCUCCUUUCCCGCCAUGCUCCCAACUCCUUAACUUUGUACUAGGCUGGCCUGGGCCUGCACCAGCUCAGCACCUGCUCAGUUUGUUUCAUAUUAUUUAUUAUUUUAAUUUUCUAUUAAAUUAUUGGA